AUGUCAGAAAUAACACUGAAUAGCUCACAACAAAAUCAUCGAAAACGUUCCAGAAAUAAAAUAGCAAAUCCAGCGAAUACUUUAGAUGGUUUGGUAGCUAAACGUGCUGAUGAUAUUGGUGCUAGUGAUAGCCUUCAUAAGCGUUAUUUGACAGAAGCUGAAGCAAUCGAAGCUCCUACUGAUGAUCAAGAAAUGAAGCGUAUUGAAACAGAUCCCGACGUAUCUACACGAACAUGUUCCGUAUGUGGUUAUCAAGGUAAAUGGGUAUCAGAAAUGAUUAGACAUAAACGUGUGCAUACUAAUGAACGACCUUUUCGUUGUAAAUAUUGUUCACGUACAAGUAAAUGGAAAGCUGAUCUUAUCAGACAUGUUGCAAGUGUGUAA